CAAUCACUAUCACGAUCGGAGUUUGCGACUUUUCCCCGCAACUUCGAUUUCCCCACCUCCACAACGUGCGACCUGCCACUAUGGCACCGUCCUUGAUACGUGCGUGCCGCAUCCAGCUCCGCUCGGGUUUUCGGUCCGCUGCCGUGCGCCCUCCGCCGGCGUACGGAUGGGCUGGGAGAGCACGUUUAACCUCCACCUCCACGUCGAGCGCAAGCCGGGGAAGCGGCGUCCCACUCGCACUCGGCCUCGUGCUCAGCGCCGCAGCAACGGGCUUCGUCAUCGGUUCGCUCUUCUCCAUGUCUCCCUCCUCCUCCCCGCGCUCGCCCAGCGGCCCAGCGCACUUCGCCUCUGCGCACCACGCGAAACCGGUGUACGGCACGCCCGCGGACUUCCGCGCGGCGAUCGACGAGCUGCUGCACGUGUUUCCGAGCGACGAGCGGAGUGUGGUGUCGCUCGACGAGGACGAUCUGGCCAUCCACGGGAUGUCGACGAACACGUACCACACGGGCUUCUCCCCGAGUGUCGUGGUGUACCCCGAGUCCACGGAGGACGUGGUCGAGAUUGUGAAGGUCGCGAAUAAGUACCGGAUGCCGCUUAUUCCUUACUCGGGGGCGACGGCGCUAGAGGGCCAUUUCAUCGGGCUCGCGGGCGGGUGCAUCACGGUCGACAUGUCGCAGAUGAACAAGAUUAUUGAGAUUCACGAGGCUGAUGCGGAUGUCGUGUGCCAGCCCGGCGUGGGGUGGAUGGAGUUGAAUGAGACACUCAAAAGCGAGGGCAUACCGCUUUUCUUUCCCAUCGACCCGGCGCCGGCCGCUACGAUUGGUGGAAUGGCCAGUACUGGAUGCUCAGGCACAAACGCUGUGCGAUACGGUACGGCAAAAGCGGAAUGGUUUUUGAACCUGACAGUCGUCUUGCCCAACGGCGAGGUGAUCAAGACGCGGCAGCGGUCGAGGAAGAGCUCGGCGGGCUGGGAUACAACCAAGUUGUUCAUUGGCGCAGUACGCGCCGUUUCUGGUUGGUUCCGUCAAUCCGCUGAUCGUCAGUCCCGUUUAGGAAGGUACAUUGGGCAUAAUCACAGAAGUGACUCUGAGACUCGCUCCGGUCGUUCCAACCUCGGUUGCGAGUGUGCAGUUCCCGGACGUCAAAGCAGCUGUCGACGCGUCGAUUGAGAUCAUGCGGUCGAGUGUUUCAUCCAACAUCCAGUGCGUCGAGCUGGUGGACGACACAUUCCUGGCCGCCACCAACAAGUAUGGCUCCUCCCGGUUCCAAUACGCCGUCUCCGACGGCCUGUUCCUCAAGUUCCAGGCCUCCUCCAAGUCUGCGAUUCCGGACACGAUCCGCGUCGUGCGCCAGAUCUGCGACAAGCACGGCGGCACGGGCUUCCGCGCGGCCCGCAGCGACGCCGAGGCGGCGGAUAUCUGGCAGGACCGCAAGAACGCGCACCACAUCGGCAUGGCGCUCGUCCCCGGCGCCCGUGGAUGGGCCACGGAUGUCUGUGUGCCAGUGUCGAACCUGCCCGCGCUCGUGCUCGACACGAAACGCGAUCUGGAGGCGCGCGGGCUGCCGUAUACGAUCGUAGGGCAUGUCGGCGACGGGAACUUCCACGCGCAGAUCCUGUUCCGGGAUGAUGCCGAGCGGCGGCAGGUCGAGGAGGCUGUGCAUCAGAUGGUGGACAGGGCGAUUGAGCUGGAGGGCACCUGUACCGGUGAGCACGGCGUUGGCGUUGGUAAACGCGAGUAUCUGGUCAAGGAGCUCGGGGCUGGGACGGUGGGUCUCAUGAAAGCGGUUAAACGCACUGUCGAUCCGCUCGGCAUCAUGAACCCUGGCAAGCUUUAUCCGGAUGAUGAAGACGAGAAGUAAUUCCAGACAAUACAUCGGUCACGUGAUAUUUAGUUGAACUUUGAAGUUCACUCGCUCAGAGACCAUUCAUCGAGAAAAAUGUUUUCGAUCCUUUCUGGAAUUUACCGCACAUCUCUUUAACCAUUUCCGUAUGCUGAGAUCGAAUGGUCUGGGAAAGGGGAAAGUGAACAAUCACGUGCUGGCUGGUGACAAGCUUAAGAAGUUCCCGAGUUCGCCUCGAAAACAAGAAAUUACAAUCAGGAAAGACAUGCCACAAGUUGCUAGAUCAACGAACAGUUGUAAUGACAUGACUUGUCCAGGUCCCCGACUCUGUCGGUGCCUGAUAUUGCAGGAUAUUGCGUGUGGGGUUGAACGCCAGGAGCGGCCCGAUAUCGGCUAGAACGGCCGGCAACCCAGCAGAAGUCCGUGCCGUCAUCAUGAUGUGACCGAUCUGGGACAACUCGGUCGAUCUCGGGCUCGACGAAUUUGGAUUCGAAAUCCGAGGUUCAGCUUCUCACUACGAAAUAAA